UAAAUUACAAUGGUGCGUUUAAUUAUGCAACGGGCAGGGCCCGGGCCGCAGGGGAGGCGCUGAUUGGGCUGGCGAGCCCCGGGCACGGCGGAUGGCACAGGAGACGCGCGGGGCCACUCGCGCAGGGGACCAGACCCCGGGGCGAAGGGGCGAGGAGGAGCUGCCCACCCCGGGGCAGGAGCGGGGCACGGCCCGGCCCGGCCCGGCACGGCCCUCAGCAUGACAGAAGAAGCGCCCGCAGCUGCCACCAUGCCGGCGUGCAACGGGAGCCUUCCCCCGGAGGACGGCCCGCUCCAGGUCAUCGGCGGCCUCGAGGAAAUCGCGAAAUCUCUUGGGACAGUCCCGUAUGCAAAUGCGGAAACGAGCCCCGACACUCCACCUGCAAAGGAAAAUCCGGAGGAAAGUAGAAAUUCACUGCCAGGGGACGUCACUCCUGAGAAUUUUGCUGGAGAGAAGCGAUGCCAAGAAAAGCGAGAGGAGAGCGCUGGGACACCGCAGCAGGGACCAGCGGAUAUCCAGGACGCAGGGACCAAUGGCCAGGGACCAGGGGAAGGUCCGGGUGGCACGGCGGGGACGGUCACGACGGGGACGGUCACGGCGGGGACGGUGACAGCGGGGCCGGGUGGCACGGUGGCAGCAGCCGGCAGGGAGGUACCGGAGACCCCGCCGGGCAGCGCCGAGCCCAGAGGGAACGCGGCCGAGGAGGAGGAGGAGGAGGAGGAGGCUGAGGAGGAGGAGGACACCGAAGAGGACGAAGUUCAGGUGAUCGAAAUCAAGAAGGAGAGCGGCGAGGCGUCCCGCCUGCAGCAGCGAGACGGCGGCAAGCAGCCAGCGCCCCCGGGCAGCCCCGGCCGCAACUCCCCGCUGGAGAAACCGGGGGAGCAGCCCAGCCUGGGGAAGAAGAACGACAUCUCCAGACACAGCUAUUCCAGGUACAACACAAUCUCCUACCGGAGGAUCCGUAAAGGAAACACCAAACAGCGGAUCGACGAGUUCGAGUCCAUGAUGCACUUGUGAACUGAGGGGGAGCGCCUAACGCGCCGGGCCUUCGCUCUGGGCUUGCUUUCAUUUCGCUCCCCCAAAGCGCGUCCUGCACACGACACAAGGUCACUGCUUUCCUUCUUUUUGUAUAUGAUUUAUAAUACACCGUGAGAAUUUAACGCCUUGGCUUUGGCGGGGCAGAGCAUCCGUAGCGCAGGAGAAUAAAUAAUCAGAGUGCUAAAUACG